AUGAAGUACGCAUUUGUUCUCACGGCCAUUGCCGCCAUUGCCUCAAAGGUCGCCGCUGUUGGCGUCUCAGGCACCCCCGAGGGAUUCGCAUCUUCCGCCACCGGUGGUGGUGAUGCCACCCCAGUCUACCCCUCCUCCACCGACGAGCUGGUCUCUUACCUCGGUGACGAUGAGGCCCGUGUUAUUGUUCUGAGCAAGACUUUUGACUUUACCGACACUGAGGGUACCACCACCACCAGUGGCUGCACUCCUUGGGGUACUGGAUCCGCCUGUCAGGUUGCAAUCAACAAGGAUGACUGGUGCACCAACUACGAACCUGAUGCGGCUACCACCACUGUUACCUACAACAAUGCCGGUAUGCUUGGUAUCACCGUCGGCUCCAACAAGUCUUUGAUUGGAGAGGGCAGCAAUGGCGGUAUCAAGGGCCGUGGUCUGCGAAUGGUCAGCGGUGUCAAGAACAUCAUCAUCCAGAAUAUCGCUGUUACCGACAUCAACCCUCAGUACGUUUGGGGUGGUGACGCUAUCACCCUAAAUGAAGCUGACCUGGUCUGGGUUGACCACGUCACUACCGCUCGCAUUGGUCGCCAGCACUACGUUCUGGGCACCGAAGCCGAUAACCGAGUUUCAAUCACAAACAACUACAUUGAUGGCGAAUCGGAUUACUCCGCUACCUGCGACGGUCACCACUACUGGAACGUGUACCUGGAUGGCUCCAGCGACAAGGUGACCUUCAAGGGCAACUACCUGUACAAGACUAGUGGACGUGCCCCUAAGGUUCAAGACAACACCUACCUGCAUGCAGUCAACAACUACUGGGACGACAACUCUGGCCACGCUUUCGAGAUUGGGUCUGGUGGAUACGUCUUGGCGGAGGGUAACUAUUUCUCCAAUGUUGACACCGUUCUCGAGUCCUCGUCGUUCGAAGGUGCUCUCUUCGCUGCCGAUAGUGCCUCCAGCACCUGUGAGUCCUACAUCGGUCGCUCUUGCGUCGCCAACUCAAACGGAGGUACCUUGACCGGCUCCUCCACCGACGUUCUGUCGAACCUGAAGGGCGAGACCCUCGCCACCGCUUCCGAGGCUAGCACUGACCCUGCUGGAAGCGCCGGCCAGGGUAACUUGUAA